CAUCAUGUGUCUGUGAACACAAGACAUUCAGUGCAGGGUUUGUGCUUCUUCUGUAUACACAGCAAACAUGUUUGAUGGUCAUAUCAGUUUUGGGACCAUUAUAGGGGUUUCUCUCUGCCUCUCUCUGGUUUCCACGGACACUUGUCCUUCUGCAGGGAUACCUGGUUUGCCAGGUCACCAUGGGCUUCCUGGACGUGAUGGAAGGGAAGGUAUAAAGGGAGAUCAAGGAGAUCCAGGAAUUCCUCUCAAACCUGACCAAGCUGCAAUAAAAGGACAGAAAGGAGAGCCUGGAAUCAUAGGAAGCCCUGGAAAAAGAGGUCGCCCCGGGGAGGCCGGCAAAGUAGGACCACCUGGACCCCCAGGAGAGCCAGGAGAUUCAGGCAAAGUUGUCAACACCCCAUCUCAGCUCCAAUCUGCAUUCAGUGUAUCCCGUGGCACAAGAACACCACCAGAUGCCCAGACUCCAAUACGUUUCGGGAAAACUCUCACCAAUAUCAAUAACCAUUUCAAUAGUGCAGAGGGCAAAUUCGUUUGCCACAUUCCUGGCUUUUAUUAUUUUGUGUUUCAUGCCUCCUCUCGUGACAAAAAUCUGUGUGUAGUCCUAAUGCUUGAUGGAAAUAAGUUAGCUAAUUUCUGUGAUCAUAUUCAUGCCAACAGCCAGCAGGUGCAUUCAGGUGGCUUAUCUGUUUACCUGAAAAAAGAUCAGAAAGUUUGGCUACAGACAAAUAGCUAUAAUGGUAUGUUUGCAUCUGGGGAGGGCGACAGCGUGUUCUCAGGCUUUCUGAUCCAUGCUGGCUAAAUAAUAUUUGUGUUUUUUUUUAAAUAAAACAUUAAGCUGAAUAAUGAGACUUAUUGAUUUUUUUACUCAUACUGUAUGAAUUCAUGUGCACAAUAAAGUCUGACUACUGAUCAAUAAAUUCAUUAAAUCAC